CGACGCUUCGGCCCUCACGUACACUAGAAGUCCCGCCGUGGCUGCUCAGUCAUGUGUACACCGCCGAGUGAGCUGCAUGUGUGUCCGCCGUGGCUCUUGUGACACAUUUUCGGUGUUCUGUUCGCUUUGGAUACGUGGCUUGGCGGCAGCGACUUCGGAUUCGUAGGAGAAACAGAGACAAAUAGGAAAUCAGACCUGUGAGCGAACGAACAGUUGUGAAACGAACGCGACUUAACUUCGGUUAAUUUCGUUGUGAAUGAUUGACGAUUCCGUAUUCGAUAUCUGCGGAACCGAACGGCCUUGUUGAGGUCGUGUGCAGACCUCCCUCCCUACCCUCUCCCUCUCUCUCUCCCUCUCUCCCUCCUCUCCCUGCCCAGGCUCCUCUACCGCCUACCCUCCCCGCCCAGGCUCCUCUACCGCCUACCCUCCCCUCUCCCUCCCCCUUCUCCCCCGACCUUUACUCCCAAGAGAGACUUUUACACACUUACAAGACGUAGUGUAGUGUGUGUAAGAGAAGGCAAGAUGAGGGAGUUCGAGAUCAAGACGCCAGUGACGAGGAAGGAGGAGGUGGCGAACAUAAGGGCGAAAUUCCCUACCAAAAUACCUGUCAUCGUGGAGCGCUAUGCCAAGGAGUCCACUCUCCCCGUGCUCGACAAGACCAAGUUCCUCGUCCCUCAGGAGCUCACUAUGUCGCAGUUCGUUACCAUAAUAAGGAACCGCAUGCAGCUCCACAGCACGAUGUCCUUCUACCUCCUGGUGAACAACAAGUCCUUGGUGUCCUUGUCGAGGACGCUCUCCGAGGUGUACAGGGAGUGCCAUGACGACGACGGCUUCCUCUACGUCACCUACGCCAGUCAGGAGGUCUUCGGGUAAAGGCUAGUGGCUGUACUGAUAAUUGCCUGUACUUCUGUGAUACACCUCUUCCGCCUCUGCUCAAAGGGAAAACUCCACCAGCAGCCGCGGCACAAUUUUGCUCCUCAUUCCCGUUGUCAGGAGCUGUUGCAUUUCUUGCAGAUGUUGAGACUUCCUUUUGUACGUGUAUUUAUAUAUACAUAUACAUAUUUGUUAGAUAUAUUUGGAUACCAGGUAAAGACCUAUUUGCUCAAUGUCUUUAUAUGUCAUUUUCUGAGUGAUGCAUAUGGAAAUGCAGUUGUUUGAAUCCAAAGAAGAGUAUAUAGUUGAAGAAAAGGAAGCUCAUGUUUAAUCAUUGCCAAAAAGAGGGGGAAAAAAAUGUAAAAAAAAUAUAUAUAUGGUUGUGGUGAAUGAUUACUUGUAGUAAAAUCUCUUGUCUUGUACUUUUUCAGAGCUUGAAUAAUGAGAGGAAAGAUCAAAUUAUGACCUUGAAACACUUCAUUUUGAUGUAGUGAUGUACUGUUCAUGCUCCAGAUUUAGUGAAAUUUACCAUUCACCCAUUUUUAAAUUACAACUUCUAUUUAGUUCCUGGAUAUUUCAUGUCUUAAAACAAUGAUGUAUUGGAUACAUGCUUGAAGAUUUCCAUGUUAUGAUGUGUCAAUGAAUCUCUGAAAAUGGUAGUAGGUCAUUCAAUACAUUAUUUUUUCAUUCUUGCCUAGAACUAAGGAUCUGCAUGACACUUUAUUUUUCAAAAGCUUAAAGGCAUAAUUAGAGUUUUAUUCCCAUAACUUCCUGGUCUGAAAUUCUUGAACAGUCUUUUAUUUACUUGUUUUAAAGUGUUUGACUGUUGAGAUGAAAAGGAAAGUACAAAGACAAUUAUUAUUUGAUAUGCAAGUUCAGGAGGUAUUGUGUACCUAUCUCCAGAUAUGCAUGUAUUGAAUCAUAUGCAAAGAAAAGAGAUAAAAAAUCCUGUUUUGGAUGAAUACAUGUACACAAGGUAACUGGUAAUCAAAGUAUUUUUAAAGUAAUUGAACAAGGAAAAAUAACUAUUUACUGUUAUGCAAGUAUUUGGAUUGUUACUUCAUGUUAAUUAAUUUACAGAAUUAAUUAAUUUACAGAAUUAAUCCAGUACAACUGAUUGCCAGUUCCCUUCUGUGUUACAUUCCUAAUGUAUUGAUUUUUGUAUUCUUUGUUUGUAUUGUAUCCAUCAUACAAAGCCUGAUUUGUUAUUUGCAAAUAAGAUUAUAUAGAAAAAUAGAGACACUGAGGAAUUAUUACCAUUUUUUCUUAUCAUUUAGCCAUGAGCCUGACAACCAAUUAACCAGUGUAUAAGAGAUUUGCUAGGACUAUCAUCAUGAUGUGUUGACCUAUUGUCUGUGCCAUUUGUAUGUCUCACUAAUCCUGCGCAUUUGAGAGAACGUACAGAGAAAAGAAGGGAAAGGUUAGGUUUAAGGCGUGAUGAGAGAACAGCUUCUUGUAGGGGUCCAAUACAGCAGUAUUUGAGCUUUAUUAUUAUUUAUGUAUAAUUGUUUUUGAUUAAAUUCUUCACCUUUUUAUUAUUAUUAUUAUUAUUAUUAUUAUUUUGAUAUGCCAAUAAGGCUCGUGAUUUAUGAUUAUUUCACUGGCUGGACGGACCAACAUACACAUAGAUCUCAGGGCACUUUGGGGCUGCUGUUCUGUAUUUGAAUAUAUUUGCUAGUUUAAGGUAUUUUUUAAUCUGUUUUUUACUUGGACACAGAGAGUUUGUGAACUGAAAAUUUUGAGUUUUUUGACAAGACAAAAUCUGGUUUCGAGCAGUAUUCAUGAAUUCCAAGUAAAUUCCAGUUUGUAGCUGAACUGGUGCUUUGUUGACUAACAGUCUCUGAUCUGUACUAAAAUUCCUAAUUUUGCAGGAAUUUUAGAGUAUAGCUAAUAGAAAUUUGAGAGGUGCUUUGAUAUAUUUUAAAUCAUUUUAGAGUAAAGUAUAAUUAUUUGAUUCUUAAGAGAUAUAUCUUUAUAGUUUAAAUGAAAAAUUACUGGAAUUCAGUGUACACAAAUAAUUAUUAUUAAGAAGGAAAUGAUAUCCUUCAAGUGUACUUCCUGAACUUUGAUAUUAAAGGAUAUUAAAGCUAGGUUACAAAAAGCAUUCAAAAGGUGUGAAUCCUAUUAGAGAACUUCGGCUGUUAUCCAAGUAACCUACAGUUUUUUGGUUAAUGCUUA